AUGCAGGAGUUGCCAGAGCACAAGAGAGGAGAUGCAGUGAGUAGCAUGGUAUAUGAAGCAAAUGCUAGAGUUAGAGAUCCAGUGUAUGGAUGUGUUGGAGCCAUUUCGUCUCUUCAACAACAGAUUGAUAUGCUUCGGACCCAACUAGCUAUGGCCCAAGCUGAGGUAGUCCAUUUGAGGCUAAGACAAUCUGCAGGCAUUACUAAUAGCCCAAUAAACAGUGGGUCUCCCUCUUCCCACAUAAUGGGCUCUCACCAGCCCAAAGGAUAUUUCCAUAUGGAUUUGGAUGUAGACCAGUCCAACAACAGCUUCAAUGAGCCCAUAUGGCCAUGUUAG